GGAAAAUCCACAGUUGCAUUCUGUGAAACGCUUCAGCACCGGACACCCGGCUGAUAGUUGCCGGUAGCUGGGCCACAGUCUCCAGAUGAGCUUGCAAACAAAAUGAGUCCCGAUGGAGACGCAUUGUCGGUCAUUGAGAAUCCGAUGGCCAUCAGUCAUCCCUUUCCCGCCGAGAAGACGGCAGUUGCCGACCAAAGCGAGGGAGCGCGGAACUGCUUGAAAAGGUUUCGCAACGGAACACAAGCUCGCAGGCUGGUGAGGCCGCUGGCAGCUGUGUGUGCGCUCGGGCUCUUGGGAGGAUUGGCUGUCGGCGUCUGGUUCCUAGUCAAGUUUCUCCUGAGGCCGUCGUCCUCCCACAGUGCAGUGGGACUGGGGGACGCAAAGGAGACGUCCUUCUGCAAUGUGACAGAGGACAUUACCAUCGCCGACCCCGGGAAAGUGUUUUACAGGAUCAGCCCCGAGAACUCUCUGCUGGAGAUCCAGCUGGGAAAGCUGCCCACCUGGCUGCCGGUGUGCUACGAGCGGUGGAACGCGUCGCUGGGUACGCUGGUCUGCAGGCAGCUGGGUUAUCUGAGGCUGACCGAGCACAAAGGUGUGAAUCUGACCGACAUUGGGCCCAACUACACGGAGGGCUUUCUCCAGAUUACCUCCGAACAUCGGGGCGGUCUGGAAAACAUGUGGCGGUUCAGGCAGAGCUGCAUCACUAACAAGGUUAUCGCCUUACAAUGUUUCGAGUGCGGCACGCGAGCCAAAUUGGCCAGAAUAAUCGGCGGAGUGGAGGCUCCGCUGGGAAGGUGGCCCUGGCAGGUCAGCCUCUACUAUAGCAAGCGUCACACCUGCGGUGGCUCCAUCAUCAGCAGCCAAUGGAUCAUCACAGCUGCUCACUGUGUGCACAACUACAGGCUGCCGCAGGUGUCCAGCUGGGCGGUCUACACGGGCGUUGUGACGCGCAGCUCGGCGAACAUGGCGGAGCGCACGGGGCACGCCGUGGAGACGAUAGUCUACGACGAGAACUACAACCACGUGAGCCAUGACAGCGACGUCGCCCUGAUGAAACUGCGGACUCCGCUCAAUUUUUCAGACACAGUUCGCCCGGUGUGUCUGCCACGGUACAACUACGACCCUCCUGCAGGGACGCAGUGCUGGAUCUCCGGCUGGGGAUACACGCAGCCUGAUGGCGUUCACUCAUCCAACACCCUGAAAGAGGCCGCCGUCCCCAUCAUAGGUACCAACAAGUGUAACAGCUCCUGCAUGUAUAACGGCGAAAUCACAACGCGGAUGCUUUGUGCCGGAUACACGGAGGGAAAAGUGGACGCGUGUCAGGGGGAUAGUGGCGGGCCUCUAGUGUGCCAGGAUGAGAAUGUGUGGAGGCUGAUGGGGGUGGUCAGCUGGGGGAACGGCUGCGCCGAGCCUAACCAUCCUGGAGUCUACACCAAGGUGGCCAAAUUCCUCGGAUGGAUCUACGAGAUGAUGGAGACCUACUGAGGAGGGACCACAACUUGUUUUCUCGCAUCUUUCCCAUCCACCAUCCUUUUUUUUAUUUUUGAAUUUGUCUUUCUCUGACAUAUAUAUCUGCCUUCCUUCCACUGGCAUCUUUUGUCCCACCAUUUGUAUCAAGAUGUACUGUUUUUUAUCUUUUUUAUUGCACCAAAUAUAAACGAUGUCAUA